AUGGCGACCAGCCGACGAGAAGUGAGCCAAGAAAAGAAGAAAGAGGAGGAGGAAGAAGAAGAAGAAGACGACUCCGAGGUCGAUCGUGAUAAUCGCGCUCGAUCGAGGUGCCGCGGACGUCCAAUCGUCUCAAUCAACCAACCUACCUACCUGUCCCACCGAUUCAGGAACGACGCACGGCGACAAUUAUACGAAGGAAAAAAAAAAGAAGAAAAACACGAAGGAUCAGCUCUUGCAAAGAGCGACCGACUGAUAACACACGAAGAUCUCUCUCCGUCCAAGGACCCGGCGCAGCGACACUACGAAACGAUACUGCACGGGUCAACAAAAGCACAAGUGAUAUUUGUAACUAAUAGUUAACGCGUUUAGAGCUUAGAGGAG